CGGAGUUAGUCCAUGAUCGAUGGUGCCGGUGUUGUCCUUGAUUCGUCUUAGGCUCUCGACGAUGAGGGGGGUUAAAGGUUAUCCAGCACAUGUUCACUGCUUUCUUAUUAUUUAUUAUUCAUAGCAGGACGUUUUAAGGUUUCGGCUUAAGUUAAGAGGUGCGCUGCAAAUCUUGAUUGGCUUUUGCCUGUAAAAAGGCAAAGGGUUAGGCCCAGUGACGCUCAAAGCACUAAAUAAAACAACCGGCUCGCUCUUCCUCUUCUUCUAACCUAGGUUUAUCCCACGCAAUAUGUAUAUCCCGCUUAUCAAUAUCAUCUGGCUUUAUAUUUACCUUUCAAAAGAUAAAGAUGUCCUUCUCGCUCCCGCUCGCCGCUGCUGGCUGGGAUAAUAGACUAGUCAUUUACAACUCUGGCAUUUUCGCCGCUCCUGAAUUUGGCCACAAAAAUCUUCAAAAAACCGCUUCCCUUGUAGUCUCGUUCCUGGCGCUAUUCUCUUCACCAAGGACGGAAAAUUCUGUUUCAAAGUAUACAUGAUUCCAAGGAUAAAACAUUCUGUAUUGUUCUCUUCACCAACGACAGUUUUUUAUUUCAAAAUACAUAGAGACACCUGUAUGCAGGCGACCAAGAAUAAUGAUAUGGAAAGUUGUGAAAGAAGAAAGAAUUUUAUUCCGC